UUUUUAUUCUUCUUGUGGCGUGAUAACCCUCGCCUUCGCUCGGGCGUACGGUUCCGCACUCCGACCGGUCGGAGGUUGGCGCGGUUGACGAUAGUCGCAAUCGCAAUACCGCAGCUCGUCGGUUUGAGCGAGCUCAGAGGACACAACAACCAUGGUCACGGGAUGCUACAACAUUUGCGAAGCCAGUGGAACACGUGUGUGCGUUCGGGUGCUGUGGCGGCCUGGCGUCGGGGGAGUGGGUUGGAGUUCGUCGGUUGUUUAUUUUUUUCGCGCUCUCUCUCGCUCGCUACUACUUCUUCCUGGACGGCAUUUUUCAUCCCAUCCUCCGCUGGUGCUUCUCGGGUGGUGCUGGAGAAGUUAUACCACGAUACAACCACACACCAGACCACCACAUCUCGAUAUAUUCCAUGAAAACGACGCUGGAAUCGGAACUCGGGGAGGCAACAGCAUCGGCGAAGGCCACAAGGCUUUGGUUGCGUAUUUCGGUAUCUCACUCAUCAUCAUCAUCGUUGGCGCACAGUUACCGCGAUCGUACACCACAACGGCAGCCAGUUAACCGAACAACCCGACCGCUGACACCGUCGCCAGAUUGUGGGCCACUUCGGGACGGAAUCCGUCCGGGCGAAUCUGUUUUCCCGUCGCGGUUCCUUCAAUCAAGUGUUCUCAGUUUUCUGCGGAAUGUACAUACGGUUGACGGUGGAGCAAUUCGUCGGUUGCCGCCGCGUAGUGCACAGUUAGGCUCAUGACCAAGAGUGAUAUGUGGAUUUUUUCGAAGGAUUUCUUGGAAUGGAAGAAGAUGAUGGAAUGUGACUAAAAAUCAGCUGGAUUAGAAUCUCCGAUGGAAGCAUUCGCAAUUUUAACGACAAUUUGUGUUAAUUUAGUGCAUUGAAGUUCCAGUGUAAAAUAGAGCCAAACACAAAACAAAGUAAUUUGAGCAAAAGCACGAACAAUGCUAUCAAUUGAUGCUGAUACAGAAUCAGGACAGUGUAGUGAACGACACUCAAGUGAAAGUUUGUGAUCCGAUUUGUGACUUGACGGUCUUGUGUGAAAAUGCAUCUUGCGGCUUCGGAAGUAACCUCCACAACGAACCCCACUACGAUGGAUCUGCACGGUAGUGGCAGUGGAAGUGGUGGAGCCAGUUCUGAGGGGGUAAACAAUUCUAGUGGUAACCUGGAGAGCAACAGCUGCAAACACCAGCAGCAACAGCUGACGGCGGAAAGCCUAGCCGAACGCACCAUCGAUGGACUGCUGGCAGAUCAUCCGGGGGAACUUGUUCGAACCGGGUCACCGCAUGUGGUUUGCACGGUGCUGCCGCAGCACUGGCGCUCGAAUAAAACCCUGCCGAUGGCCUUCAAGGUGGUGGCACUGGGAGACGUCGGCGAUGGCACCAUGGUGACGGUGAUGGCCGGCAACGACGACAACUUCUGCGGCGAACUGCGGAACAGUACUGCAAUCAUGAAAAAUCAGGUGGCCAAAUUCAACGAUCUGCGUUUCGUCGGACGUAGUGGCAGGGGUAAGUGCAAAAGUUUCACACUGACGAUAGUGAUAUCCACGGUGCCGAUCCAGAUAGCGACGUACACAAAGGCGAUCAAAGUGACGGUGGACGGACCCCGGGAGCCACGGUCCAAAAUUCGACACCAGGGCUUCCAUCCGUUCGCCUUCGGGCCCCAACGGUUCGGACCGGAUCCGCUGAUGGGAACGCUGCCGUUCAAGCUGCCCGGGUUUCCCCAUCAAUUAGGUAGCAUGGCAGGCCAUUUACAUAUGGCCAACGAUUGGCGGCAGCUCAACGGUCGGACUGCGGCUGGAUUUCCAGGUUCGCAUUUUUUCCACCACCACGCUGCGGCAGCGGCGGCGGCUUCCAAUCCGGCCCAUUUCGCACCGCACAUGUUGGCCGCCAUCGAUCGGAUGGAGCAGCAGCACCAGCAGCAGCAGCAUCGGCAACACCCGACGGCAGCGACUACGAUGGGAAUGCUCUCGGCAGUAGCGGCGGCGGCAUCUUCCACGGUAGCAAACACCGUCGGCAUCUUCGGCAACGGCAGUAUAGCGGGCGGGAGUAGUAGCGUGGGUGGCGACGACGGCGGUAAUAACAAUGGCGGCAGCUCUGCGAUAAACUCACCCAGGAUUAGCGAUUCCAAUGAUCAUCACGCGUCGCACGUCAAUUGCAAUCCACACAGUACCACCAGCCCGAAAAGCUCACCAAAUCCUACCAACGACAUUCACCACACCAUUUCGUCCAACACGGAUGACGCCAAACCUUCAGCAGAUGGCGAUUACGAUCGGGACGAUCUGGAUGAUGACAACGAUCAAAUCAGCGUUACCGGCAGCGACCUUGGCAGCGGCAGUCAGAACGAACAGGAACGUCGAAGUCCACUGAUAGGAGGAGCUUUCACGUCACUGAUCCAGAAAAACCACGCCAAAUUAAAAAGCGGCCUGGAGUUGUUCCAAAACGGCGCCUUCUCAGCGACUCCGUACCCUUCGCAAAUACAGCAACCUCAUCCGCUGAAUCACGCUUUGGCUGCGCAGCUGUUCUUCCAGAAUCCAUUGAUACCUCAACCGAACCACUGGCUGUACAAUCAGCUGUACGGUAACUAUCAGGAACUUCCCUGGUUCCGGCAGUCGCUGUUCGCGAACAAAACGGCAACACCGAACAACGACAGCAAGGACAGUCUGGACUCUCUGAAGGGCAGCGAGGUGAUCAGUAACAAGCGUUCCAUAACGGUCGUUUGCAGCAUUGGUGAUGAAGGCGAUGAAAGUCCACCGCACAAAACGAUUGCUAUUGCGGACGACGAAGAUGAGGAUCGGCGGAAGAAUUCACCAUCCGUUACGUCAACGAAGCGUUCUCCCAGUCCGGCGGAGGUGAUGUCUCCACUGCUCUGUGAAGAAACUGUUUCCAGUUUGACGGUUUUAGAACGAAGCACAAAGUUAAAACGGUGUGUUUCCGGUUCGGACAAAUCUUGCAGCUUGCAGCAACAGGUUAAGCAGAGUGAUGUUUGGCGUCCGUACUGAAGAAGCUAUUAUGAGGAAAUGCCACGUGAGCAAUGUAUAAAUGGAAUAGCACACCACAUAUCUCUUGUCGUGUAUUUAAAAAUUAUUAUUUGUACAGUAUUUAAAUUAAAAUAAAAACAUACGUGUAAAAUCAAGUUAUUGGCAAGCGCUCCCGAACCAAACUAGGAAGAUUGUAAACUGCAAUUGGAGCACUGAAUUAGAUGACAAAAAGA